GUGACCUUGGUGAAGAGUCAAAUAGCCUAGAGGAUUUGCUGGACAAAUUGGAGUUUGAAGAGGAAGAUCUAGAAGAAUAUGAAAUCUAUUACUUAGAAAAAUUCAAGUUAGAUAAUGACAAAAAAGAAAUAGUAAAUAUAGAUGACAACCCUGCUGUUUACUUAACUGAAGUAGACUCUAUAGGUUUAAGAGUGGAAAAUAAUUCAGAACAUUUAAACGAAAAAGAGAGAACAAUCAUAGAUACUUUAUUAGACAUUAAUAAAGAUAGUUUUGCAGAGAAUAUAGCCGAAGAAAGCCAAACUUUAGGGAUAGGCU